AUGACUUUCUCAGAUAGUCUUCGUGAAUCUGAUUCUGAAUUUGUACAAAUUCAAAGCGAACAUUUUGAGGAGAUUAAAUGUCGCUACCUCAAGCAGGCAACUGCUAUUGCUCUUAAAGUGCAACAUAAGGAACUCAAAACUCUUAACAUCAAAUUUGGGAAUUUGGAUACGGAAUUUUUCAAUAAGACUUGUGAAUUUUUCGAUAGCCAGCAAACAGCCGCUUAUCCUACCGUUCCUCUUACAAAGGCGCUUGUCGUUGGAAUGGAGGUAGGAUUUUGUGGCCGUUAUUCGGGUGAAUUUCACUUUCCCUAUUUGAUCAAAUUGGCCAAACGUAAAUAUUGUGCCAAAUGGUCAGAAUAUCUGGACGGUCUUAAUGAGCGCCUCGCUUUAAUGACAAUCAAAGCCAAAGCCCUUGAGACUAAACGAGUCGCCGCCGAAGACACCGAAAUGGGUCUUCCGGAUGAGGCCAAGAUUAAAGAUCAUGUAUCUCAGGUGGCUGACGCAAAGUUCAAGAAACUGGAGUCUAUGAUUCGAAGCAUGUCUAGCCCGAACCCCGAGUCGCGUCAAAAAAAACAGUCCCGCCGGGAAGAAGACCCAGUCACCUGGCCAGAAACCCAAACCCAAGCAACGCCUCCAAAACGCAAAAGGUGGUUACACUGGGCAAAACAAGCGAAAGCUCGCCGGUCACUCUUCCGGAAACAAAAACGCAAAGCCAAGAACCAAGCACUAAAAGCAGCUUCUUUAGCAGUUAAAACCAUUUCAUGA